ACAGGGAUGAAGGAACAGCCCCACCGGCACACACUAACACUACGACACAUGCACUUCUACUUGUAUAUAUCUACCCCUGCCAGCUCAUCUAAAUAAAAAUCUCUCUCUUUUUCCAAUAUAUAGUCAUCUUCCAAGAAGGAAAGGGUGUUUCGUCGGCCACUGGAAUCCUGACUUGCGAUGGAGGAUUAUUUGCAGUUAUUUGUGGAGGAGACUUCGUGGUACAAUGACAUUGUUUUGGGCUCAGUCUUACCGGAAAAAUGGUGGGUCCCACUCCCUCACUUCUUUAGGGGAUGGCUCCGAAAUUUUAUCGGAGGGACCUCGCUCUACUUGCUUUCUGGGGUUUUGUGGUGUUUUUAUAUCUACUACUUGAAGCGUAAUGUCUAUGUUCCAAAAGAUGCCAUUCCUACGAGAAGAGCAAUGCUUUUGCAGAUAGGGGUUGCCCUGAAAGCUAUGCCAUGGUACUCUGCCCUUCCAACUAUCUCGGAAUACACGAUUGAACAUGGAUGGACAAAAUGUUUUUCAAGGAUAAGCGAUGUUGGAUGGGUCACCUACUUCUUCUAUUUGACUGUUUAUCUUGUUUUUGUGGAGUUCGGGAUAUACUGGAUGCAUAGAGAGUUGCAUGACGUAAAACCUCUCUACAAGUAUCUUCACGCGACACAUCACAUCUACAACAAGCAAAAUACACUUUCUCCGUUUGCUGGUUUGGCCUUCCACCCACUGGAUGGGAUAUUGCAGGCAGUACCACACGUUCUAGCUCUCUUCCUAGUGCCAACGCAUUUCACAACACACAUAGCCCUUCUAUUCAUCGAGGGCAUAUGGACUGCAAACAUUCAUGACUGCAUACACGGCAAGUUAUGGCCUGUAAUGGGUGCUGGUUAUCAUACCAUACACCACACCACUUAUCGUCACAACUAUGGCCACUACACAAUAUGGAUGGAUUGGAUGUUCGGAACUCUUCGCGAUCCCCUCGAUGACGAGGUCAAGAAGAUAUAACCAAUGUUGCUGCAUUUGUAUCAUUAGAAUUUGGACGCGUCCCAUGUGUCUCACUGCUCUGUUGUUUUAUCAUGUCAAAAACAUUGUUUUGAGGGGUGGGGGGUGGAGGGAAUAAGAAAAGAAAGAGGUCGUCUGCGUCUUAAUAGGUUUUUUGUUCCUCAGUUUUAUUGUGCUGGUUGUUUGUUGACUGUACAUGAAUCAUGUUGGAAGCAAAUUAUCAUAAUGUUUUUGGUGACAUCGGAUGGUGGUGUUUAGUAUAACUGAAUUUUCUAGUCA